CCUUAGUUGUUGCAUUUCUUCGGUUGGUUUUCUCUUCUACUCGUUAUCUCGAUAGAUGAGUUUAUUUCUUUGAUUGGCGUUGUACAUCGUAUUCUUAUAUAUGCAUUUCUCUUGUGUUAUGGUCGAGAUUUUGUAAUUGGACCUACUUACCAAAUAGCAAAGCAAUGGGCCUUCAGAUUCUUCAUCCACCACCCGAUCAAAACAGAAACAUAGAUAUCACUUCCCGUUUAACACUCGAGUUUGUCCUCUCUUUUUGCUCCUGUAUCCUUCCCUACCUUCCUGACUUGAUAUAUCCGCUAGUAUAAUAGCAAUCCAUGGCCUCAACGGUCAUCACCUCAGAACAUGGACAUCCCCCACCUCCCAGACCCUAUGGCACCGCGACCACUUCCCUCAAUCUAUACCUCAUGCACGAAUCCAAACGUUCGGCUAUGAUGCCACAGCAGCAUUCUCCACCAACACCUCCGGCAUCCAAGAACACGCUCGGGACCUCCUGCGUUGUGUAUCCGAAUCUCGUACUCAAUCAUUUGAAAAAAGCAGGCCUUUAAUAUUCAUAGCUCAUUCCCUUGGUGGACUGGUUUUGAAACAAGCCCUAGUCAUCGCUUCAAAAUCUGAAGGAUGUGAUUAUGGAAAUAUAUGGACUAGUACACUCGGAAUUCUAUUCUUCGGUACACCGCAUCGAGGGAGCGAGUUAGCUAGUUAUGGUGCGCAGUUGGCGAGGGUGCCUACCGCUUUAUCUAUGAAGGCGGAGCCUGUACUGCUUCACUCGUUGAGUUUAGGGAGCGCUAUACUCGAGAAACUGAAUAAGGAGUUUCGUAUUUUGAUGAGUAAUAAGGGAGCGGGGAGGGAAGUCAUCAGCUUCUAUGAGACGGUGGGUAUGGUGGGUCCACGACUGGUGGUUGGGAUUUCUUCCGCGACUGUAAAUCCUAGUGGGGAGGUGGUGGGUUGGGAGAUACCGGUUCCGGUGGCCGGAAUUCAUAGGGGUAUGUGUCAAUUUGAUACGAGGGAUGAUCCGACGUAUGUUACGGCGGUGCAUAGUAUCAAGCGGAUGAGGGAUAAGGCAGCUUUGGCUGGGUUGGUGAAAGUGGAAAAUGAGUUCUUCCUUGUGCCGCAGGGUAUGAAUCCUCAUUUUACGGGGAGGAAUGAGAUGAGGGGUUGCAUUCGGGAUGCGUUAUUAGGGGAGGAGUAUAUAGGCGAGAGGGAGUUAAAGACCUUUGUGCUUUUUGGGUUGGGAGGAAGUGGGAAGACGCAGGUUGCGUUGAAGUUUGCAAGGGAGUUUCGGAACUUAUUUUGGGGGGUAUUUUUUGUUGAUGUGUCGAGUUUUUCUAUUGCUUCAGAAGGUUUCGAUAAUAUAGCGGAAGCUUUGAAGAUCAGAAAGUCUAAGGCACAAGCUUCUAGCAUUCACUCGGUCAAAGACUAUUUGGCGGGGAAGACGAACUGGUUACUUGUCAUCGAUAAUGCGGAUGAUCAGAAUCUCGACGUCUCCCAGUUCUUCCCCAUUGGACAUCGGGGCUUCAUUAUUCUGACAACGAGGAAUCCCGAUUUCGUAAAGUAUGCGAGUGCGGGAUCAUGUUGUGUGGAGAGGUUGUCAGAUUCUGAUGCUGUUUCGCUGCUCUUGAAAGUUUCGGGUCUUGGAGAGGACUCAUCGACUCAAGAAUCACAAGACAUUAGGGGGAAAGUGGAGCAAUAUGCCGCCAAAGUCGUGGAUAUAUUGGGUUGUCUUGCUCUUGCCAUAGCUCAGGCAGGUGCCGUGAUUCGUCAAGGGCUAGUAAAUCUAGAAGGCUUUCCAAAACUGUACUCAAAGCGAAAAAAGGAGCUUUUGGAGAUUGGUCGGUUUAAUUCAGGUAUCGAGCAUCAGAGAAGCGUGUACACGACGUGGGAAAUCUCGUUGAAAGUUAUUCAGGAGAUGAAUGAAGCCCGUUCACUAUUGGCAAUGGAGCUGUUGAAAUACUUCUCAUUCAUGCAUUUUGACGGGAUAGAGGAAUCUUUCUUCGAAGCAGGGUUUUUGGGGGUUCAGCAUGGAUAG